GCGCUCUUCCCUGCCAGCGUGGGCAAGGCAAUAUACCUCAGCCAGGAGCCAUAACAUUGGUGAGUCAAUGGCUUACUGCGCCGGUUCCUCUAAUUGUACUGGCCAAUACGGUCAUAAAUAAUCCUGGAAACAUUCUCCAGUGACUUUACGACCAGAGUGAAAAGUUAAAUGGUUCCGCAGGAUGACCGAGGAGCGCUAGGCCGUCCGUGGGCAGAGCCUCGCGAAACCAACGAAACAAUCACACGCAGUGGAGGAGUAACUUGUCUUCUCGCUGGCCUAGUGAACGGAGAUGUAGCGCCAAGGAAUAUUCCGUAGGAUUAUUACUAGGAUUGUUACAUAAGGACUCGGGGGAUGCCGAAUUCUAUCUCACUUGUAUUUGGUAUACUCGUGUUGAGCCUGGCCGGGCCUGCCGUUGAUGCCGUCAAAUGGUUAGCUCUUCACCGCACCGACCAAAGACACUGGAAUCAAACAGUACAUUGUGUUCGCUCAAAGGUCCAUGGAUUAGUAUCGAAACAAGUGAAAAUAUGUAAGAACAAUUUAGACUUGAUGUCCCCUGUGGCGCACGCCACCCGGUUGACAGUCGCAGCGUGUCAACAAUUAUUUCAAGAUAGAAGAUGGAAUUGCUCAAGUAUUACAAAUGCACCAAAAUUACCUCCAGAUCUUACCUCAGGAACGAGAGAACAAGCUUUCGUGUACGCACUGUCAGCUGCGGCGGUGGCACAUGCCGUGGCGCGGUCAUGCAGCACGGGCGGCACCACACGGUGUAGCUGUGGACGACUCCCAAGAGAGGCCCCCGAUGGGGACUUCAAGUGGGGAGGAUGUAGUGACAAUACGCGCUUCGGAGCACAAUUCGGCAAAUUAUUCGUCGAUGCACCAUGGACAAAAUCAUCAAAAGAAGGAUCAAACAAACGGACUAAAAGUUCAUUGAAUUCUGCGUCGAAUUCUGCUUCGGCUGUUCCGCCACCGGAAGUGGUUACAACAGCGACUCCUGGCGUGAGGAAAAAGAAGCGGAAGGGAUCGCAUUCGCGAUCAAAACGAGCGUUGAUGAAUCGACAUAACAAUGAAGCAGGGAGGCAGGCAUUACUACUAAGUUUAGACAAAUCAUGUAAAUGCCAUGGAGUGUCUGGAUCCUGCUCAUUAAAAACAUGCUGGAAAGCGCUUCCUGAUCUCAUAACAGUUGGGUCACUUAUUAAAAAAAGAUAUCAGAUUGCUGUUGAAGUAGCUAAAAGGAAGGUUGGGAAGAAGAAGAUGCUAGUCCCUAUUGAUUCCCAGAGGAUAUUGUUUAGAGCUGACGAGAUGAUAUAUUAUACAAAAUCACCCGAUUAUUGUAGUCCAGAGAAAAAGCUCGGCUCUAUUGGCACGCACGGAAGGGAGUGUAAAAAAGGUUCCGAAGGUUCGGACGGGUGCGGCUCGAUGUGCUGUGGGCGGGGAUUCUACAGUUACACCAAGUUAGUCAAAGAACGUUGCCACUGUAAAUACUACUGGUGUUGUUACGUCAAAUGCAAAACAUGCACGAAGAACGUUGAAGUACACACGUGUAAAUGAUGUGUUUACCAACAAAAUGGGCAAAAUGGCGGAUAUCUUUGAAGCAAAUAGUUCGGACACGGAGGUCGCAAGGUCAGAACAACGUUUUGCUGCUGUACAGACUCUUAAUCAUGAUUCAGUGCAAAGCUUAUGGAGUGAAUGCACACUAUGUGUACAUGUAGUUCUAAUGCAAGUGUUGAAGCAGGGGAAGUAUAAUGCUCGGUUAUGGUUAAUAGCCGAUACGUUUUUUAUUGGAAAAUGAAAAUGUAAAUGUGGUCACUAUGGGCAGCUCAGAGCAAGAGUGGAGGUCAUAUCACCGUAUAAAGUGCCUUUUCACUGUGACCGAACCCGUAUUACCUCGUGCGUGCGUAGGGAUUUAUCAGAAAUGGAGCUCCGUUGUCAGUCAAGGGACAAGAAUACGAACCAAGUUUAACCGUAGACGAGUUCUUCUAGCUCUCCUAGCUGUAAUGUCGACAGGGAUUUUGUUCGUGUCCCCUGCCUCUGGACACAGGGAAGUCUGUUCUUCAGCAUUGCUCCACCCGGCAUUGUUUUUUUCUCUCCUUAAAUUUAUAUUUUGAGCAGUUAUAUGUAAAUAGUCUAAGAUUAAUCUCAAAAGAAGCAAACUAAUGGCAUAUCCUUCUCAAAUACGAACUCACAUAAAACACUCUUUGAGGAAUAAAUUCGUCGAAUGUCACACUCGUGUCUUGAAGAGCCUGAACGCUAAUAUCACCACCGAAGUUACAUUCAAAGAUAAAAACACGUGAAAAUCACAAAGAGGUAACAUAAUUGGAAGAAUCCUAUCCUGGGUAGGCCUAUGCAUUUGUGCCUUUGACAAGAUCCAACAGUAUUAUUGGAGGCUAACACGACUAUUCAUUAAUUUUGUACAUGUUGAAUUAAUAUGAUAUGCAUAUGUUUAUGGUGACGGUCUUAAAUUAAACAAAAUGUAAAAAAGUUAUUUCCGA